AAUCCCAACAUUCAGCCGCUAUCCGCCACUGUUUAGACGCUGGCCGAAGCCGGCCGAGGCUAAAGCCAUUCUUCUGCAUCAUCUACGAUUCUACGGUGGUAGAAAACCCGCAAUUGUUCGAAGCAGCUAUGGUGGAAGACGGAGGGCUCGAUCUCGCAGUCCCUUCACAUCUCCACUUGGUUUCAGCCUUUCUAGCCAUGGAACCCUCCGAAUCACUGAUCUCCUUGGCACGAGUAUGUGGUGGAGGGUUCAUUACAGAGGCAGUGCAACGUUUAGUUUGGGAUCGUUGCAUUAGAAAAGCUGAUGGAAAAGGUUAUGCACCUUACUUGAAGAUUUUUCUUAAGAAGCUUAUCAAUGAAAUUGAGUUGAACCAUGGGGAGGUAUUGGAUGAAUUAUAUGAGCUAUAUGCUCAUUACGUGACUUUAUUGAAGGAUGAUAUGGCAGUGAAAGAGAACUCAAGGGUUUUGAAGUACAUUUCAUUUCAUUUUCCUGAUGAUUGUUCACAAUCGCCUAGUUUUUCAAGAUCAUUAACCUUGGUGAUUCCGCUGCAAUGUUCACUCAACAUGCUUGAAGGAGAUACUGGGUGUUCAAUUUGGCCCUCAAGUCUUUUUCUGUCAGAGUUCAUUCUUUCUUGUCCAGAGAUUUUCCAUAGUAAAUCAUGUUUUGAGGUUGGUUCAGGUGUUGGUCUAGUUGGCAUUUGUCUUGCUCGCGUGAAAGCUUCCAAGGUGGUGCUAAGUGAUGGUGACCUGUCAACUCUAGCAAACAUGAAGCGUAAUCUGGAGUUGAACCAGUUGAGCACCAAAAUUGAUGUGUCAGAAGGAAUUUCUCAAGAUCCAGAUUUCCUGAAUUCUAGAGUUGAAAAUGUAAAAUGUAUUUAUCUGCCAUGGGAAUCUGCACCUGAAAGUGAGCUCAAAGACUAUAUGCCUGACAUUGUUUUGGGUGCAGAUGUUAUUUACGAUCCACUGUGUCUCCCGCAUUUUAUUCGAGUUCUUACCAUUCUUUUGGACCGAAAAGAGGCCAAUUUUCAACCAUGUCAAGAUGUUCAUCACCGCUCAUCACCAGAGACAAUACAUACUGUGGCUGGCAAAGUUGGUGGUGUUGAUGAUACAGUUGACACUGAUCAAAGCAAAGUUUACCAUCCCCAUGGCCUGGAUGGUACUGAUCUCAGCCACAGCAGGCAUGGAAUUGAUGCUCAUGGAGGCAAUGUAACAUGUAAUGGUGCUCCAAAUGCCGAAUUUCUGCGUCAUGCAUUGGAGCCCAGCCCCGUGGCAUACAUUGCUUGCGUCAUUCGCAAUGUCGACACCUUCGAUUAUUUUCUUGCAUUGGCAGACCAGGCUGGCCUUACUGUGUUGGACAUAACCGAGAAGGUCUUGGUUAAGCUGUUUGAUCUGCUUCCUUAUAUGCAUUCAUAUAAUCGAUCGAGCAUUAGGCUAUUUACUGUUUCGUGUUUAUGCAAAUAACUUCUUCGCAUAAUCAGUUGAGCAUUAGGGUUUUUUUUUUAAUGCAAAUAACUCUCUCUCUCUCUCUCUCUCUCUCUCUCUCUCAUACACACCAAUCUAGUUUAUAACAACAGAUGAAACUUUAAGAACCUCAGGAAUAUAGCAGUUUCCUUCUUUCUUUCUUUCUUGAAUGGGUACUGCUUGUCCUUGUAAUAAGAUUGAUAAGAACAAUGGAUAUUUAUGAUUACAGAGUAGUGCAAUUUCUUAUAA